AUGAAGGGCUCAAUAAAUUCACAAGUUGAAGAGCAGCUGCACAGGGAAAUGAACCGGAACAACUACUUUCUAGAUUCGAUGUCGCCGGGUAACUACAUGUUUGUCCUGCGAUUGCUUCUACAUUUUCACAAUGAACAUACAAACAGGAAAAUGACAGAAGCAAUCAAAGGAAAACUGAACACAGACAUUUCGUAUGGUGAAAUACGUCAUGACAAGUUUGGCCGCCUGCAUCUUUCAGAUUUGGACAAUGCAGCAGAAAAAGAAGAGAAAACAGACCUUUGGACGAGGACUGAAGACGCACAGAAGCACAAGAAAAUAUCGCUCAAAUAUCACAAAGUUACCUUGAAACAACUGCAAGAAGCACUGCAGAAGGCUAGUCCAUCAAACGUGACAACGUUUUGCCAAGGGACAUCAGAACGACUUCUGGCCUCGGUAACCGAACACGGGCUGCGUUUUAGAGGGAGAACUCCCGGAGAUGGCAACUGUUUUUUCCACGCAGUUGUAGAUCAGCUUCAACGCCUCGAUGCCAGAUCAGUGUUUGACCACAGGGGACUAAGGAUGGCAGUAGUUGACAGCCUACGGAGGUAUCCUUAUGAAGGAGGCACACACCUAUCCAAUUUUGUCGAUGUGCAACGGCACAAAACCUGGAACCUUUACUUGGAGGCCAUGUCUACACCGGGUGAAUACGUUGAUCACCUUGUAGUACAGAGAACAUCGCAGUUUCUCAAAAAGGACAUUGCCGUUUUCACAAGUUCCGAAGAUGGAACCGCGUCCGACAGCAAUGUUGUAAUGAUAUGUGGUGGACCAGGAGCGGCUAUUAUGUUAGGUCACUAUCAUGAAGCACAUUAUCAAAGUCUAGAUUUCCAACGUGCUGGACAAGUGGAAUGUUCCACCGCGCAAGCAGAUUCAUCACCAUUGCCGGCGGAGGAUGUGUUUCAAGAUAUCUGUAAUGAUGACAGAAGAUUGGACGAAAUAGUAGUGACGAUAGGUCCCUACCGAAUAUCAAAAUUGGAUAUUCUGACAAUAGCACCAAUACUUCCGAAAGAAACAGAAGACCAGCUGAGAGUGAAAAUUGACAAAGAGACCAGAUGGACUGUGGGCUGGUUAAAUGAUCAGAUAAUAAACGUCUCCUUGUAUGUGCUGUGUCAAAGGCAGGGGAGAAACGCAGCUUUAUCAAGCCAAGUUAUAGAGGGAUGGCAACAUUUCAAGUCCAAAAGGAGACGCCGGGCGCCACUUGUUCAAAAGGAAAAACUCUCGGAAGCAGAGAAAGUGUUUAUACCGAUUCACAGACAUGGAAGCCAUUGGACAUUGCUGGUGUUGGAUGUACAAGCCAAACGAAUGCGCUUCUAUGACCCCUUGAACCGGAGAUUAGACGAAGAAGUGGUCAACACAACAAGGUAG